AUGCUUGGAACUCUGCGACUGGAGGAACCUCCAAUACUAAAGGAAGCAACACUAGACGAAGCCGGAUGGUGCCUUCCGUUUUCCUACGAAGUAGGAGAGCACCGGCGAGGAGGCCGCGGAUUGCUUAUUAAAUACAAGGCACGUAACCUAACCCUCUCAAAGCCCCAAAUAGCAACCGACAGCUACCUGGAGCUCAUCUUUCCGUUUAGCAGCAAUUCGACACUUCGCGAGCAGUACCAGCGCUUCACCUCCAACCACAUGCGGUUUGGGCUCCUUCUGGAAGAUCUCGACACACUGGCAGGUGACAUCGCCGCACGGCACGCCGGCGUGUCAGAGAGGGUUUUGUUGACUGCUUCCAUUGACCGUAUCUCCUGGAUUCAAGACCGCCACGUGGCGGGGGAGGUGACCCUGGCGAACAACCUCAGGAUGGCAGGGCAGGUCGUUUGGGCGGGUCGCAGCAGCAUGGAGGUCAUGAUUGAGCUGUCACAUCAAGCUCCAGGGGCAGACCCCAAUCAGUGGAAUUUCAUCGGACUGGCGUUUUUCGUACUGGUAGCUCGUACACCAGAUCGUACGGCAGCAGCGGAAGUACCCUUGCUUGUACCGGAGACAAGCAGAGAGAUGGAGUUGUUCGAGCAGGGCAAGGUUCACAUGCAGCAGCGGCAGCAGCGUCGUGACGCUCACUGGGCUCGUCGACCCCCCACCGGGGAGGAAGUGGCGCUGGUGCACGACCUAAUCAGGCAACACCACUUGCAUCGGAUAGGCAACUACCAUUACCACCACCAUCACCAUCACCCGCAGCAGCAUGGCGAGACGGUGCCCAUGAGCCGUACCGUACUGCAGAACUGCUGUCUGAUGCACAGUCAGGAUCGCAACGUGUUUGACGUCAUCUUUGGCGGCCACCUAUUGCGACUGGCAUACGAACAUGCCUUCUCAACAGCCGCCCUACAUGCAGGCGAGUACUGCGACCCGUUGUCUAUGGAUGACGUGGCCUUCCUGAUGCCCGGGUGUGUGGUGCGGGUGCAUGUGCGAGCCACCAAGGUGGAGCCGGGGGCUCCCGAGCAGAGCGUCGUGACCAACGUGUUCAGCUUUGCGUUUCGAUGCCCGAGCGGUCCUGUACGGCGGGUCGUACCGGACACGAUGGUUGAGGCGAUGGAGUACCUGAUGGGUCGCCGCCAGAACGCCAACGAUGAGGCCAGCCAGGCCGUGCUGGCGGCGCAGGCGGUAGCGAGGCUGUAG